AUGGAGGUCGAGGCAUCGUCCGAGCGCGGCGUGUCGUCUUCCGCCCCGGCGCCGCCGCCGCAGCUGCCGCCGUCCGGCCCGCCCGCCAAGAAGAAGCGCGCACUCCCCGGCAUGCCAGAUCCCGACGCGGAGGUGAUCGCGCUGUCGCCCAAGACGCUGAUGGCGACGAACCGGUUCGUGUGCGAGAUCUGCAGCAAGGGCUUCCAGCGGGACCAGAACCUGCAGCUGCACCGCCGCGGCCACAACCUGCCCUGGAAGCUCCGGCAGCGGAGCGGCAAGGAGGUGCGCAAGCGGGUCUACGUCUGCCCCGAGCCCACCUGCGUGCACCACGACAAGUCACGCGCGCUCGGCGACCUCACGGGCAUCAAGAAGCACUUCUGCCGCAAGCACGGCGAGAAGAAGUGGAAGUGCGAAAAGUGCGCCAAGAAGUACGCCGUGCAGUCCGACUGGAAGGCGCACGCCAAGACUUGCGGCUCCAGGGAGUACCGAUGCGACUGCGGAACGCUCUUCUCAAGGAGGGACAGCUUCAUCACCCACCGCGCCUUCUGCGACGCGCUGGCCGAGGACGCCAAGGCGCGGGCGCCGCCGGCCGAGGACGGAACCUCUACAGCUGGUGCUCCGCUGGCUCUACCGCCGCCGUCACAGGCGCCGCUACUCGCCGCACCGGUGCCGCUGCAACAGCUGCCGCCACCGCCGGCCCCGGCGCCCGCGCCCGCGCCGCAACAGGAGGACAACCAAGAGCGGGAGAUCGUCGCCGCGCCGUCCGAGCCCGUCGUCCAGUUCACGGCGCCGGCGCCGGCGCCGAUGAUGCAGUCGCCGCCCUCGGUCAACGGCGCCAACGUCAGCGCCAGCACCAGCAGCGUGUCGGCCAACUCGCAGAGCCUGCUCGGCAGCAUGUUCGCGCCCUCCUCCGUCGCCCAGCCGCCGCAGUACCACCCGGAGCGCGCCAACAAGCCCCCGCCGCUGUGCCUGGCCACUGACGCCUCCUCCUCGCUCUACUCCGCCCCUGCAUCAGCCGACCGGCAGCAGCAUCUCGCGCCGCCGCCGUCCCCGUCGCCGCACAUGUCCGCCACGGCGCUGCUCCAGAAGGCCGCGCAGAUGGGCGCCACCUCCUCCAGCUCCUCCUUCCUCCGCGGGCUGGGCCUCGACGUCUCGUCGUCGUCCCAGGCGUCCACGUCGUCCGGUCAGCAGCUCCACAGCCAUCAAGGAGGAGCCAUGCAGGCGCCUUUCCAGGAUGGUUUGCAAUGGCAGCCGCGGAUGGAGCCUGAGCCGGCGCCGAUGAUGUCGGCCGGGCUCGGCCUCGGGCUGCCCUACGACUCGACCGGCGGCCCGGCCGGCUUCCCGGAGCUCAUCAUGGGUCAGUCGUCGAUGUUCAGUGGCAAGCCAGCCACGGUGGAUUUCCUGGGCCUGGGAAUGAGCCCCACGGGCGCGACGACCAGCAGGGGCUUCUCCGUGUUCAUGCAGCCCAUGGGCGGUGCUGUCGGCAUGGCCGGGAGUGGCGCCGGCUCCACGGAGACGUUCGGCGUCGCCGGCCGUGGACCUCAGGCCAAGCCCUGGGAGAGGAAUCCGAGUAGCUCGCCGAUCCUGUAAUGCUAGUACUGGGUAAUAGCAACAUGUAGCAGCAGCUGUGAAUUGGGCAAAACUAAGUUAGUGGAGAGGCCAGGUUACGUCUAAUUAGCAGCUGGAGUAGUCCUUCCACCCUCCUUGUUCUUUUGUUCUUUAGCUUAGCACCAAGUUACAAGUAAGUUACUACUGUACUUUUGUUUCUUUUGCUUAGCACGAAGCCUGCUCCUGAGACCUGAGUUCUUCAUCAGUCUCUUUCUCUCUUCA